AUGGAAUCGGAAGCCGCCUAUCAACAAAGCAAACCCACAAAGUCAAUGUUGCCAUUCUCUAUCCUUCCACCGGAACUCAAUACUGACAUCCUCUUAAGGCUUCCAGUGAGUUCCGUCUUGAAAAUUAGGACUGUUUCAAAAUCUUGUCUUGCUUUCACCUCUACCCCUGAAUUUAUCAAGGCCCAUCUUAGUGUAUCUGCUAACCAUAAGCUUUUGUUGAGUUUUAGUCAACCCAACUUCAAUCUGAAAGAAUGUUCUCUUACAUCUUUACUUUAUAGCUCUGUUCUAGAUACAUCAGACUUGGAUUAUCCCAUGAAAACAUAUUUUUGGUUUAUUGGAUGCUGCAAGAUUUAUUAUGGUUUUGGAUAUGAUGAGUUUCAUGAUGACUAUAAGGUAGUUGCAUGUAUUUACCUUCACGGGAGUUUGCCUUUAUUUGGAGACUACGUCAAAAUAUAUAGUCUAAAGGAUGAUUCUUGGAGAAGCAUCAAUUUUCCCCGGGAUUGGGUGAAAUCCUUUAACUGUGGUAAGUUUGUGAAUGGGAAGCUUAAUUGGGCUUAUAGGUCUUACUGUACGGGUCCUUUUUGGCGUAAGGGUUGGAACAUCAUUUCUCUUGAUUUGGCUGAUGAGAAAUGGGAAAAGGUAGAGACACCUUGUUAUAGUAAAGAAGAUGGUGUUUUUGAGUUGGGAGUGUUGGAAAAUAAUCUUUCUGUGAUACGUAAUGGCAAUUAUGAAGGAACUGACCUAGAUGUCUGGGUUAUGAAGGAGUAUGGGGUUAAAGAAUCUUGGAUGAAGAUGUUUACCUUUCGGUAUCCUCAUCCUUGUUUGAUGUUUUUGUUUAAUCCACCCCAUUUAAUUUCAAAUAAAGGUAAAAUUUUGUUGAUGUGCGGAAAAACUUUCCUGUUGUACAAUCUGAAGGAUGAAUCAAUCACCUAUCCCAAGUUUACUACGUUUGGAUCUGAUCUUGUUUCUGUGGAGUCAACUUACCUUGAGGGCCUAGUUUCUCCGGUUUUACAAAACGAUCAGGGACACAACAAGAAUGAAGUGUGCGAAAGCUCACAUGGUCGCAAUUGUGAACUGAAAGCUGAUGUUAGAAACAACUGA